GCGGCGCUCACUUGGAGCGCGGCGAGCAAGCGAGAAGAGCCUGAUCCAUGUCCCUCGCUGCCUCCCUGCCCGGCGCGCGAAGAUGAUGGCCAUGAACGCCAAGCAGCCUUUCGGCAUGCACCCGGUGCUUCAAGAACCCAAAUUCUCCAGCCUGCACUCCGGCUCCGAGGCCAUGCGCCGAGUCUGUCUCCCAGCCCCCCAGCUGCAGGGUAAUAUAUUUGGAAGCUUUGAUGAGAGCCUGCUGGCACGCGCCGAAGCUCUGGCGGCGGUGGAUAUCGUCUCCCACGGCAAGAGCCAUCCGUUCAAGCCCGACGCCACCUACCAUACCAUGAGCAGCGUGCCCUGCACGUCCACUUCGUCCACCGUGCCCAUCUCCCACCCGGCCGCGCUCACCUCGCACCCGCACCACGCCGUGCACCAGGGCCUCGAGGGCGACUUACUAGAGCACAUCUCGCCCACGCUGAGCGUGAGCGGCUUGGGCGCCCCCGAGCACUCGGUGAUGCCGGCCCAGAUCCACCCGCACCACCUGGGCGCCAUGGGCCACCUGCAUCAGGCCAUGGGCAUGAGCCACCCACAUGCCGUGGCGCCUCAUAGCGCUAUGCCUGCCUGCCUCAGCGACGUGGAGUCGGACCCGCGAGAGCUCGAGGCCUUCGCUGAGCGCUUCAAGCAGCGGCGCAUCAAGCUAGGGGUGACCCAGGCGGACGUGGGUGCGGCCCUGGCCAACCUCAAGAUCCCCGGCGUCGGCUCGCUCAGCCAGAGCACCAUCUGCAGGUUCGAGUCUCUCACUCUCUCGCACAACAACAUGAUUGCGCUCAAGCCGGUGCUCCAGGCCUGGCUGGAGGAAGCCGAGGCCGCCUAUCGAGAGAAAAAUAGCAAGCCGGAGCUCUUCAAUGGCAGUGAGAGGAAGCGCAAACGCACGUCCAUCGCGGCGCCGGAGAAGCGCUCGCUGGAGGCCUACUUUGCAAUCCAGCCGCGGCCCUCAUCUGAAAAGAUCGCGGCCAUCGCCGAGAAACUGGACCUUAAAAAGAACGUGGUGAGGGUCUGGUUCUGCAACCAGAGACAGAAACAGAAACGAAUGAAGUACUCGGCUGUCCACUGACUGCGACGGGGCACGGCGUCCGGGGCCGGGAGAGCUGAGUGUGUGUCCCCCUGGAAUUGGGGGGAACGGUUAUGGGG